CCUAGACACCCAGGCUACUCCCCCUAACUCAUAUCUAGAUUCCUGAAGCUUCCUGAACAUGUAGUUCCUGGAGCUGCUGCUUAUUAAAAUGUCAACAUCUUCAUCUUCUAGCUGGGACAACCUCUUAGAUGCUCUCUCUCAGAGCACAAUGUGGAAUUGGAUACAAGCAAGUUUUCUGGGAGAGACUACUGCACCUCAGCACACAAGUUUGGAACUAUUAGAUAAUAUUGCUCCGGCUCUGCAAGUCAUCUUGAGGAUUUCUUUCUUGACUUUGUUGGGAAUAGGAAUAUAUGCCUUAUGGAAACGAAGUAUUCCGUCAAUUCAGAAAACAUUGUUGUUUGUAAUCACACUCUACAAACUUUACAAGAAGGGCUCAGAUAUUUUUCAGGCUUUGCUAGCCAACCCAGAAGGAAGUGGUCUCCAAAUUCAAGAUAAUAAUAAUAUCUUCCUGUCCUUGGGUCUGCAAGAGAAAAUUUUGAAAAAACUUCAGACAUUGGAAAACAAAGUGAAGGAUCUAGAGGGGAUAAUCAUUGCUCAAAAACUGGCCACGAAGAAGGAUUGCUCCUCUGAGUCUUACUGCAGCUGCUCUGACUGCCAAAGUUCCUAGCCCACAUCAGAGUUUACUUCCCCAUUUGAAAUGUAAUGGACUCCAGUGUUUUCCAGAAAAGCACUGUUUCCCUCAUGUGUGCAGUGGUGUAUCAAUAAAGAAAGAGAACUCUAUUGAAA